AUUGUUUUUAAAAGUUGACAAGUGUUAAUGAUGUAAAAAAAGUAAAAUUCCAAUACAAUAUAAAAUAACAUGGUUAAUAAGGGAGAGUUGAAAAGUUCAAAUCCAAGGCGAAAGAAAAGGGGUGAAGAAAUAGAGUUUGAGGAGCCCUGUUUUUCCAUAACAUACAUAAUAACGAGUAUUUUUAUUCUUCUUCACUGGUGAACUUGUCGGAAAAUUGAUCGCCUGUCACGCUUGAAAACCAGCUUUUCUUGGAAGUAAAUGAAGUUUUAACUGCUUGAUUAAAUCAUGUUUUAAUUUAUUGUGUAUGAUGAAGAUUUUAGUAUCUUUUCGGUGAUCAGUUAUAUUAGCAGUGAUGGCGGAUCCUCAUAAUGUUGAAUUCGAAGCUGCACAGUUUUUGCAGAAACUCAUUCAAGACUCUAAGGAUGAACCAGCUAAAUUGGCCACCAAACUAUAUGUGAUAUUGCAACAUAUGAAAGCUAGUGGGAAGGAAAAUACUAUGCCGUACCAAGUUAUAUCUAGGGCUAUGGAGACAGUUAUUAGCCAACACGGCUUUGAUAUUGAGGCCUUGAUGUCAUCACGCGUUCCUUUGAGUAGUGGAUCUCAUGUGGGAGAGUCUUCCAGAGCACAAUCAGCAGGAUGUUCGCAGUCUUUAGGAGUUGUGACAGAUUCUAAAACAGGAAUGAUUGAAAAUGACACAACCAAAGCCGGUGGUUUUUCUUCAGGAUGGCCGCCUACUACUAGCAAUACUGGGAAUGAUGCUUUCCAGGGAUCUAUUUCACAAAGGAGUGCAAUGUCUUUUGAUCAUGAGAGCCCUUCAAGUAUGGACACUAGGUCUACUAACUCAUUUUCACAGGAUAGACGUGAAGCACCAGGCUGGGAGCAACAAGGCAUUCAGAAAGAUUCUAAAAGAAUCAACAUCAAGAGAAAGAGGAAUGAUUCAUCUGGCUUAGAAGGACCGGAUGAUAUCACCCAAAAGCCUGAAUCCCAUUCUGGCAUGCCUGAUUUAAGAAAGGAAAGAUCUACCGGAGGAACUUUUCCUGCUGAUGCUGAAUCCUGGAAGCAAGGAUUUGCAACUGGUUUUCGGGAGAGAGCUGUUCCAGCCCCCCCAUCGUCUGGUAUUCAAGUUGGAGUAUUGAGCAACUUCGCAUCAGCUUCUUUGGAUGCCACUGGAAUUUCACAUACACCAGCAAAUGUUGACCGAAUUUCCCAGGGUGGUAAUCCCAGCAAUCUCUGUGAAAUGGGAAUACCUGGAAGUUCAGUGGCUAGAGAUACAGGAAAAUUUUCAUCAAAUCCUGUUACAGUAACAAGCAUGCCUUUCAAAGAGCAUCAUUUGAAGCAAUUGAGAGCCCAAUGUCUGGUCUUCUUAGCUUUCAGAGAUGGAAGGCCCCUCAAUAGACUUCAUCUAGAGAUUGCACUAGGAAACAUCUUUCCUAAAGAAGGAACCAGUAGUAUUGUUGAUGGAGCUCAAAAUGAUCUACUCAAAGAUAAGAAGAAACAACAAAGCACUCUAGAGUCAAGCAGUAUAUCUCAGCUCCCUCUGCCACAAGGUAGUCUGGCUAAUGUGAAGAUUGAUGGUGCUCAUUCUAUUUCUGCAGUAAAUAACAGAGAUGCUGACUCAAAGGAAACUGAAAAUGUGAAAUUAAUGGUUGGAAAACCUGGUGUAUUGGCUAACUUCUCUCAUGCUGAUGGAGAACUGAAACAUGGUCCUCUUGGACAUGGGAUUUCAGAGCCUAAUACAGAGUGUCAGGAAACAGCCAACUCAUCUUCACUUAUGACAGCUUCACUGCAGCCUGUUUCUUUAGGAAUGAGAAGCCCAGUCACUCAUUUCCAUGAAGAUUUGCAGCCAGGAACUGUAAAUUAUGCUGCUUCUGUUAUUGGUGUGAACAAGCAGCUGAAACCUGAGAUGAUCAGAUGGACUAGAGUUAAUCCUAAUGAUAUUUCUCGGGGGUUGUUGCCUACCCCUAUGCAUAAUGAAUUAGGGAGUAGCAAGGAGAGUCCUUCAAUUUUGCCUCAACGUGAUAGCAAUAUCCAGAGUCUACAACACAUUGAUCAAGUGUCCAAUUCUUGGAGGUCAAUACAAGGCGCGGAUAGUGGGCAUCAUAGAGCAGGAUCAAUAAAUGAUGCCGGUAUGCUACAUAGAACUGCCUUGCAUGAUGGUAACGGUGCUUCCGACAAUCAAACUGAUUCUACCAUAGAUGGUUCAAAAGUAGUCCCUGUGUCCAAUUCAAGUUACAUGCUCAAGGAAUCUAGCUCUCUUGCUCCUCUGGAUAAACCUUUGGAACUUAAUGAGGAAGAAAAGUUAAUAUCUGCUAGCUUGACCCCUUCUCCUACGUAUACUCUGACUGACAAGUGGAUUAUGGCUCAUCAAAGAAGGAAACUUGCUACUGAAAAUAAAUGGGUGCAGAAACUGCAGAAAGCAGAUGAAAGAAUUGCCACCUGUUUCAACGAUCUGAAGGAAACUGUGAGCUCCUCGGCAAAUAUAUCUGCGAAAACAAGGAGUGUGAUUGAGUUGAAAAAGCUUCAAUUAUUGGAGCUUCAGCGUUGCCUUCGAAGAAAUAUUCUAAGUGAUUUCUUUAAGCCUAUACAAACUGACAUGGACCGAUUAAAGUCAAUCAAGAAGCACCGAAUUGGUAGGAGGCUGAAGCAUGUUGAAAAAUAUGAGCAGAAGAUGAAAGAAGAACGUCAAAAGAGGAUACGUGAAAGGCAGAAGGAGUUCUUCAGUGAAGUUGAAGUGCACAAGGAGAGACUGGAAGAUGUGUUUAAAUAUAAGAGAGAGCGCUGCAAGGGUUUUAAUCGUUAUGUGAAAGAGUAUCACAAAAGGAAGGAACGGAUACACAGGGAGAAAAUUGACAGGAUUCAGCGUGAAAAAAUUAACUUACUGAAAAUCAAUGAUGUGGAGGGUUAUUUACGGAUGGUUCAGGAUGCAAAAUCUGAUAGAGUGAAGCAACUACUUAAAGCGACAGAGAAAUAUCUUCUAAAGCUUGGAUCUAAGCUCAAGCAGGCAAAGGCUGCUGCUCGACAAGUUGAGAUGGAUGAAAACAGGAUUGCAACAUUUGAUGAAAGCUAUGACAUUCUCACUGAGACAGAGGAUGAAAAUGAUCAGGCAAAGCAUUACAAGGAAAGCAAUGAGAAGUACUAUUUGAUUGCUCAUAGCAUCAAAGAAAGCAUUUCCGAGCAACCAACUGGACUUAGAGGUGGAAAACUAAGAGAGUAUCAAAUGAAUGGACUGCGAUGGCUCGUCUCACUAUACAAUAAUCAUCUAAAUGGCAUUCUUGCUGAUGAAAUGGGUCUUGGGAAAACUGUUCAGGUGAUUUCUUUAAUCUGUUACUUGAUGGAGACAAAAAAUGAUAGAGGACCUUUCCUAGUGGUUGUUCCAUCAUCAGUUUUGCCGGGAUGGGAACAUGAACUGAGUUUCUGGGCACCUGACAUAAACAAAAUUGUUUAUGCAGGGCCUCCAGAGGAGCGGCGCAGGCUAUUCAAGGAUAGCAUUGUCCAUCAGAAAUUCAAUGUUCUUUUGACAACAUAUGAAUAUCUCAUGAACAAGCAUGACAGGCCUAAGUUGAGUAAGAUUCAUUGGCAUUAUGUUAUAAUUGAUGAAGGGCAUCGAAUAAAGAAUGCAUCGUGCAAGCUAAAUGCUGAUUUGAAGCAUUAUCAUAGCUCACACAGACUACUGUUAACUGGCACACCUUUACAGAACAAUCUUGAGGAGCUGUGGGCUUUGCUUAAUUUUCUUUUGCCGAACAUUUUCAACUCCUCUGAAGACUUUUCUCAGUGGUUUAACAAGCCAUUUGAGAGUAAUGGAGAUAAUUCUCAGGAUGAGACCUUGUUGUCUGAGGAGGAGAAUCUGUUGAUCAUCAAUCGCCUUCAUCAAGUUCUUCGUCCAUUUGUACUUAGAAGGCUGAAACACAAGGUGGAGAAUCAAUUGCCUGAGAAAAUUGAGAGACUAGUCAGGUGUGAGGCAUCUGCAUACCAAAAGCUUCUAAUGAAGAGGGUGGGAGAGAAUCUCGGUUCUCUUGGAAUGUCAAAGGCUCGAACUGUUCAUAACUCUGUUAUGGAGCUUCGAAAUAUCUGCAAUCAUCCAUAUCUUAGCCAACUUCACGCAGAAGAGGUGGAUAGUUUUAUCCCUAAACACUUUUUGCCACCGAUUGUUAGACUGUGUGGCAAGCUUGAGAUGCUUGAUAGAUUGCUUCCUAAACUUAAAGCAACUAAUCAUCGGGUUCUUUUCUUCUCUACAAUGACCAGGUUGCUUGAUGUUAUGGAGGAAUAUCUUGUAUGGAAACAAUAUCGUUACCUUAGGUUAGAUGGGCAUACCUCUGGCCUAGAGCGUGGCGCCCUUAUUGACAAAUUCAACCAAUCAGAUUCUCCCUUUUUUAUAUUUUUGCUGAGUAUUCGGGCUGGAGGUGUUGGAGUGAAUCUUCAAGCUGCAGAUACUGUCAUCAUUUUUGACACAGAUUGGAACCCUCAGGUUGAUUUGCAAGCUCAAGCUAGAGCUCAUAGGAUUGGACAGAAGAAAGAAGUCCUUGUUCUUAGACUAGAAACAGUCAACACUGUGGAGGAACAAGUGAGAGCUUCAGCUGAGCAUAAAUUGGGUGUGGCUAAUCAGAGUAUUACGGCUGGUUUCUUUGAUAACAAUACAAGUGCUGAAGAUCGUAGAGAAUACUUGGAAUCUCUGCUACGAGAAUGCAAGAAAGAAGAAGCUGCUCCUGUGUUAGAUGAUGAUUCACUAAAUGAUAUACUAGCUCGCAGUGAGUCUGAGAUUGAUGUAUUUGAAGCUGUUGACCAGAAAAGGCGAGAAGAAGAAAUGGCUACAUGGAAGAGACUGUUAUUGGAGAAAGGGGUCGACUGUUCUGACAUGAUGCUGUCUUUGCCCUCACGACUUGUAACAGACGAUGACCUGAAAGCAUUUUAUGAAGCAAUGAAGGUAUAUGAUGUAACUAAUGAUGGAGCUGCUUAUGGUUCUGGUUUAAAGAGGAAGAGUGUGUCUUCCGGAGGCUUUGAUACUCAACAAUAUGGGCGGGGCAAACGGGCUCGAGAGGUGCGAUCUUAUGAAGAGCAAUGGACAGAAGAGGAAUUCGAAAAGAUGUGUCAGGAUGAGUCUCCUGAAACUCCUAAGGCAAAGGAUGAGAAUAUCUCAUUGACUUCAGACACUAGCCGAAUUGCUAUUAAAAUAGAACAGCAAUUCCAGACCCUGUCUGCACCGCCUCCUGUAGAAUUAACACCAGUUUUCAAGAAAGAGAUCACACCACCAGUUAAGCGGGGACGAGGAAGGCCCAGGAGAACACCAGUGAAUGUAUCUCCUGGCGUCGGAGUUAGUCCAACAACUAUUGGAGUUAGUAAACCCGAGAGUCAACUUAAGGGAAUGGAUUCCAGCGCUGUGAUAUUAAGUGGUCUAGACACUCUUGGUACUUCUGUUGUCACAAAAGAUGCCAGUGGAGACAAUCAUCAGGGUGGUAGUGUGCUUUCUCACAGCUCUAAGGAAGUCCCACCUUCAGUACCUCCUGUUAAUCUUGCAGUUCUAGCAGACACUGGUUGUACAUCUGUUGAUAUGCGGCCUAAAAGACAUGGUCGGAAAGGGAAGCCAAAUGAGAAGAAUAUUGAUGGUAAUACAGGGACUGAAUCUGUUAGGCGGAGAGGAAGGAAGCCGAGUCGUGGUUUGCCUCCUGUUCCUGUUAAUUCAUGUGCUCAAGACUCAAAACCUUGUGAACAACCAUUGAAACAAUUGUCUUUGGGUGUACCUGCAUCGGCAGGUCAUUCUAUGGUUAUCAGUAGCACAUGUGACCCUCUUGCAGUUAGUCUAGGUGUUGAUAAUCCGAAUUCUUCGCAAAGUUUUUCUAUUUCUGCUGUUGAGGAUUCAAAGGUGUCUGAAUCGGAAGUUAAGACUGUUCCUCAUAAUGGCACACAUAAGAGCAAAUCUAGUGCAUUGUCGAGAACACAUGAUGCCUUCGUAGAAGAAUCAGCGGCUGUUUCUGCUGAUGCAACUGCUCUAGAUCCUAAACCUGAUGGUCAGUCGAUUAAAGAGGCUUUGUUAGAUUCGCAUACUGUUACAUUGACUUCCUCGGACCCUUCUACUGUGAGCAAAUGUGGUUCUGUGUCUCAGGAUCAAGUUCUCUCCGAGUCUUUUGGUGGUCCUGUUGCUGCAACAAUAGUUGGAAUCCCUCCUAUAAACUCUGGGACUGAUCUUCAAAAAGUUGCCCCACAAACUGUUAAACCUAGCUCUGAAUCUGUCCUGCCUAGCCCAGUUGGACUCAGACCUGGUAGAAGACAAAGCCAGAAGCCUCAAAGUGGGACUGAACCAGCCCGACAGAGGGGUAGGAAACGAGGCAGGCUUGUAUCAACUGACGCUGCUUCACCGGAUGUUCAAGAUGAAAAUUUGAUCGAACCUUUCAGAAGCACCAAAACAUUGUCCAGCUCAUCUGUCUUGAAUGCUGUUGCACCUUCUGGAUCUACUAAUGUUGAGAUAGUUUCACUUGUAGAAACUGUUCCUCCUGUUGUCCAAACCAUAGCUUCCACUUUGAGUUCUACUUUGCCUUUGAAUAGUAUUAGUGGCUCAGUGCAUCAUGUAAGCAUGGGGACUUCGUCCAGCAUACCUGCUUCUUCGCUACUAAAUCCUCUUCCAAUUGGAACUCCUCUUAUUCUUUCUGAGGCUACUAAAAUGCCUGCUCCUUUGCUAACCCGAGAGCAAGAUAAGAGAGCACAAGCUGAAGAAACGAAACCACGUCGGCGAGGAAGGAAAAAGCGCGCGGCAUCUCUGGCUGAUAAUCCUGCUGAUCAAAAUUUGUCAUCUAGUUUGUCUUAUACGGGUUCUGGGGACUUUGUUGGCCAUAAAGUUAUAACAAGAAGUAGACAAAUAAACAUUGCGUCCGCAAACAAUUCCCAGGAGAAAGCACAGAAUACUUCUAUUGCAUUGACUAGCAAGAAUGUUGAGGAAAAACAGUCACCGAAAUUGUGUCAUGUUGUUGUUGGUUUGUCUAAUCUGGGAUCUGCCUCAGUCAAGGCUGACAGACUCACUAAAGCUCUGGAAUCAAGUCUCACUAAUCCUAAAGAGGAUACUGCAUUAUACCGAAAUCCAGUAGAAAUUCCUCCCAUACCAUGCAAGGGUAAAACAAAUGUCGUUGUGUUGGCUUUAGGAUCAACUACUCUUGAUGUAAAUCCUUUAGAGAUUAGUUACACAAGUGUGGAUGGGAAAGAAGAAUGUUUGAAGCUGCAAAAGGAUUCUGCUCGAGAUGGACAUGCCCUUAAAGUUGAAGUUUCUGAAUUUGAAGUCAGUUCUUCUACUGAUAAUCCAGUUGCUAAUGUGGAUGAGGAGCUAUCUGCACCUCCUGGAUUUGACACCCCUAGACCAGGACUUCCUAAUUCUGCAGAUAGGAAAUCGUUUCCAAGCGAUGAUGUUGGCACACCUAAGUUUAAAGAUGCAAAAGAGGGUUAUGUUGUAUUGGCUCUAGAAUCAACAGUUCAGACUUCUAAUCAUUGUAGCAUGGCAUCCCAAAAUAUGUACGAGAAACAAAAAUCUUCCGAGUUGCAAAGCGUCAAAGAUUCAAGAAUGGACCUCUCUUACUCAAAGCUCAUCAGCUGUGAACCACGUUUAGAAUCUGUGGAUACAGUAACAAGUCAGCCCGAAGAAGAAAUGUCAGCUCCUCCUGGAUUUGACAUCCCUCAAAGGUGCCUGUCUGAUAAUGCUGAUGCAAUGUCUUUGGAAUGUGUUGAUAGGCUGGCUUCUGAGUUGCCAGCUGACCCUUUUGAAUCAAAAGUGGAACAUCCUUCUCAAGUAACACCAAAUGCUUCUGAAAAGCUAGAAAAUGUGGCCAGUACCCAAAAUGGUCCUCAUGAUGGUAAUCCUGAAAAUGAUACUGUGCUGUUAGCGUCCAAUACUCUACCUUCAGAUUUUGUAUUGACUCCAACUCCAGAAAAAAUUUCAAGACAUGAUGAACCGCAUAAUUUUUAUUCUGGAAACGACACUGUGCCCACAGUUUCCAAUGCUGUAGGUUCUGAUAUUGUGUUAACUUCUCUGAAAUCGAGUUCAAGAGAUGGUGAACCUUCUUAUGAUUCUGAUGCUGUGGCAGCUUCUUAUUUGGAAUCAAAAGUGAAAGAAAAUUCUCAAGGGCUUGGUGUUGACAUUAAGGAAUCAGAAAUCAAUGUUGUCCCUGCUGCUUCUUGCCUUUCAGGUUCUGAUGUAGCCACAAUGUCAACUAGCAAAUCAGAAGAGAAGCAAGGGUGCUAUGGACCUGAUUCUGAUAAUGUUGAACAUAAAAUUCUUGAUGCUGCCCCUCUUUCCUGUGUUCCGAAUUCUCUUACCGGGACUGAUGAGACAUCAAAAGCAAAUGAUGAAGAAGAGUGCCUUGGUAGUUUCUUUCUGGCAGGGGCAAAUAAUGUCACUGCUGAGCAUGAUGUUACUGAUGCUACAGAAACUAUGAAUGUCAUCAGUUCGGAUAUUGCACCAACUUUGACUUCAGAAUCAAAAGAAGACUUUCCUGGGUCUCAGGGUGGCAAUGAUGGAAGCGGUGUCAAUGAAGUUGCUAUUCCCCUUGUUCUAUGUUCUGAUUCUGACUUAACUUCAAAUAACAAAGAAAAAGAAGAAAUUCACAUGUCUGAGAAUGACUAUGCUGACAAGGAUUUCAAUGGCACUCGCACAGUAUCGCAUGCUGUAGGUUCGGAUGCUGCAGUAACUCCAAGAUCUGAAUCUGAAGAAAAACAAGAAUUUUGCGGGCCUGAUGCCAAAGUUGAACAUGAUAUGGAUUCUUCUCCAUCUUCCAUUUCCCCAAAAAUUGACGAUAUUGCAGAUGAUAAGUGUUUAGGGUGUAAUGGUGCCAAUGCACAUGAAGCCAGUGAUACUCCUGUAGUGCUGCAUACUGUAAGUUUAGAUAAUGCAGCCACAUCAUUGGCAUCCAAAGAAAUGGAUGAGGGCCAUGCACCAGAUAAUGCCAAUGCUGAACGUGACGCUGAUAGUGUGGAAUUCUCAAAAUUGGAAUCAGAAAAGAAAGUAGAGUGCCUUGGACUUGAAGACGGCACUGUUGAACAUGAUACAAUUGAUCCUUCCCCGGGUUGCAGUGCUGGUUCUGAUAUCCAAGCAAUUUCAACAUUGGAUUUAGUAAGGGAACCUUGCUGUCAUGGGCUCAAUAAGGGUGAUGCUAAACACGAAGCUGCUGAUGUUGACACGGCUCCUCAUGUUGGUUUAAAAAUGGAGGCAACUUCAACUUUGCAAUUGAACGAAACAAAUGAAAUUCACGGGUCCAGUAGAGGUGAUGGUAUAUAUGAAGCUACUGAUGCUGACACUGCUCUGCUUGUUGGUUCAGAUAAUGUGGCAACUUCAAAUUUGCAAUUGAACGACACAAAAGAGUCUCACGGGCCCAGCGGCAAUGAUGAAAAACACGGAACUGCUGAUGUUGACACGGCUCUGCAUGUUGAUUUUGAUAUUAUGGAAACUUCAACUUUACAAUUGAACGAAACAAAAGAGUUUCACGGAUCCAGUAGUGGUGAUGGUAAACACGAAGCUGCUGAUGUUGACAGGGGUGCUGCUUCAGAUAUUGUGGCAAAGUCAACUUUGCAAUUAAACAAAGCAAAAGAGUUUCACGGUUCCAGUAUUGGUGAUGCUAAACACGAAGCUGCUGAUCUUGAUACAGCUCUGCAUGUUGGUUCAGAUAUAACUUUGCAAUUGAACAAAACAGAAGAGUCUCACGGGCCCAGUAGCGGUGAUGGUAAACAAGAAGCUGCUGAUGUUGACACGGCUCCUCUUGUUGGUUCAGAUAUUGGUGAUGCUAAACACGAAGCUGCUGAUGUUGACGCAGCUCUGCAUGUUGGCUCAGAUAUAACUUUGCAAUUGAACAAAACAGAAGAGUCUAACGAGCCCAGUAGCGGUGAUGUUAAACAAGAAGCUGCUGAUGUUGACACGGCUCCUCUUGUUGGUUCAGAUAUUGGUGAUGCUAAACACGAAGCUGCUGAUGUUGACGCAGCUCUGCAUGUUGGCUCAGAUAUAACUUUGCAAUUGAACAAAACAGAAGAGUCUAACGAGCCCAGUAGUGGUGAUGUUAAACAAGAAGCUGCUGAUGUUGACACGGCUCCUCUUGUUGGUUCAGAUAUUGGUGAUGCUAAACACGAAGCUGCUGAUGUUGACACAGCUCUUCAUGUUGGCUCAGAUAUAACUUUGCAAUUGAACAAAACAGAAGAGUCUCACGGGCCCAGUAGCGGUGAUGGUAAACAAGAAGCUGCUGAUGUUGACACUGCUCCUCUUGUUGAUUCAGAUAUUGGUGAGGCUAUACACGAAGCUGCUGAUGUUGACACAGCUCUGCAUGUUGUCUCAGAUAUAACUUUGCAAUUGAACAAAACAGAAGAGUCUCACGGGCCCAGUAGCGGUGAUGGUAAACAAGAAGCUGCUGAUGUUGACACGGCUCCUCUUGUUGAUUCAGAUAUUGGUGAUGCUAAACACGAAGCUGCUGAUGUUGACACAGCUCUGCAUGUUAGCUCAGAUAUAACUUUGCAAUUGAACAAAACAGAAGAUUCCCACGGGCCCAGUAGCGGUGAUGGUAAACAAGAAGCUGCUGAUGUUGACACGACUCCUCUUGUUGAUUCAGAUAUUGGUGAUGCUAAACACGAAGCUGCUGAUGUUGACGCAGCCCUGCAUGUUAGCUCAGAUAUAACUUUGCAAUUGAACAAAACAGAAGAGUCUCAUGGGCCCAGUAGCGGUGAUGGUAAACAAGAAGCUGCUGAUGUUGACACGGCUCCUCUUGUUGAUUCAGAUAUUGGUGAUGCUAAACACGAAGCUGCUGAUGUUGACACAGCUCUGCAUGUUAGCUCAGAUAUAACUUUGCAAUUGAACAAAACAGAAGAGUCUCACGGGCCCAGUAGCGGUGAUGGUAAACAAGAAGCUGCUGAUGUUGACACGGCUCCUCUUGUUGAUUCAGAUAUUGGUGAUGCUAAACACGAAGCUGCUGAUGUUGACACAGCUCUGCAUGUUAGCUCAGAUAUAACUUUGCAAUUGAACAAAACAGAAGAGUCUCACGGGCCCAGUAGCAGUGAUGGUAAACAAGAAGCUGCUGAUGUUGACACGGCUCCUCUUGUUGGUUCAGAUAUGGACGCAACUUCAACUUCGCAAUUGAAUUUAACAAAUGAGUUUCACGGACCCAUUAGUGGUGAUGGUAAACAUGAAGCGGUGGAUGUUGACACGCCUCUGCAUGUUGGUUCAGACAUUAGGUCAACCUUAACUUUGCAUGCCAACGAAGCAAGAGAGUUAAAUGAACCCAAUGGUGAUGAUGGUAAACAUGAUGCUGUUGAUGAUGGCAUGGAUCAGCAUGUUGGUUCAGAAAAUGUGGCCACAUUAAAACCCUAUAGUGAUGAUGGUAAACACAAAGCUGCUGAUGUUGAUACGGCUCUUCUUGUUGGUUCAGAUAUUGUGGUAACUUCAACUUUGCGAUUGAAUGAAACAAAUGACUGUACCGAUACUGUAGCAACUUCAACUUUGCAAUUGAAUGAAACGAAUGAGUGCAACAAUGCCAAACUUUGUGCUGGUGAUGUCUGCAAAGAAUCUGAUGCUCCAGCAGCUUCAAUAGUAGAAUCUGAAGAUAAAGAAGAGUGCUAUGGGUCUGGUGAUGGCAAUGCCAAACAAAAUGCUGGUGGUCCUCCUAUGGCUUCCGGUACUGAUACUCCAACAGCUUCAACUUUGGAAAUAGAGGAUCAAAAGAAGUCUCAUGGAGCUGAUUGUGGCAACUCUGAACUUGAUGCUGCUGAUCCUCCAAUAGCUACCAUUUCUCUACGUUCUGAUACUUUAGCAGCUUCAAGUUUGACGUUACAAGAGGAGUCUGAUGGGUCUGAGGAUGACAAUGCAAAACUUUGUGCUGGUGAUGUCUGCAAAGAAUCUGAUGUUCCAGCAGCUUCAAUAAUAGAAUCGGAAGAUAAAGAAGAGUGCAAUGGAUCUGGUGACGGCAAUGCCAAACAAGAUGCUAGUGAUUCUCCGAUGGCUUCCGGUACUGAUAUUCCAACAGCUUCAACUUUGGAAAAAGAGGAUCAAAAGGAGUCUCAUGGGCAGUCGGAAAAUGAGACACCAAUCUGAUCAGCUAGUGUUUUACAUUUUUCGGGUGAACAUGUUCGUUUUCAGGGCGUAAAGAGCAAAACUGAGCAUGAUGAUGGUGAUGCUUCUACUAGUUAUCAAGCUGCACAACUUCAGCUCUGGAUGACGGUCAUGCUAGGUCCGACAAAUUUUGGUUUAGCAGCCUUAGGAAAUUGGAAAUUGGUGCAAUAUUUUUCACCAUUUCUCAUCAAUGAAACAUGGAUCGGUCAAUAUACUAGUCCCUAUUGUAUAUUUCAAAAAAUACUUCUAUGCAGUUCAUCUAUAUAAUAAUAUAUUUGAUGAUGAUUUUUGGCAA